AUGGGCUUCCUGAAGAAAAUCACUCUUUUUGGUCUCAUUGCCUCUCUGGCUACUGCACUCCCUCAACACACUCGCCCCACAGCCACUGCAACCCUCGUGCCGGUCACGUCCAGUACCUCCGUGACCCCAUCUGCCACCCCAACUACUACAGGUCCAAGCAGUAGCAGCGGCUCCGGCAUCAACAUCGUCAACAAUCUCAAUCAAACCGUCUACCUCUGGUCCAUCUCCAACACAGGUGGUGACAUGCAGACCCUCCCCGCCUCAGGCGGCACCUACACCGAAAAAUGGCGCAUCAACUCUGACGGGGGCGGCAUCUCCAUCAAAAUGGCAACGACCACCAGCUUAAGCAGCGUCUUGCAAUUUGAGUACACUAAGGGCGACGACACCCUUUGGUGGGAUCUGUCCUCGAUCAAUCUGGCUCCAGACUCGCUCUUCAUUUCAUCCGGUUUUCAAGUGACCACCGAUGACUCGAGCUGUUCGUCGGCAACGUGUCAUGCUGGCGAUGUUGGCUGUAAGGACGCCUAUCAGAAGCCGGAUGAUGUGGAUACGCGGAGCUGUUCCUCGGCGGCGGCUUUCAAGUUGGUGUUGGGGUAA